AUGUCAGCGAAUAAUUGCUUGGAUGUAGGUGGUGAUGCACUUCGCAUGGUUGAUGUGGAUGAUAUGGUUGAGACGUUAGCGACACAAGCAAAAGGCCCAUCUAGUGAUGCAUUAGAAGUGGAGUGUCGUGCUGAGUACUCAUCUCGUGCAGUCACUUCGAAUCUUCCAUCAAAUUCUGAUUGGAAUGACAUCCUGGGUAGUGGUCAGUUGUUCACUAAGGUUAUACGGGAUGGUAGUGGACCAAAGCCACGUAACGGUCAAGAAGUUACGAUCCGUGUCGUAGAUCGUAAAUUAGGCAUUGACUCAAUAGAAAAACACACAUUUGUUCUUGGUUUCAGUAUGGUUAUUGAUGCUUGGGAAUUGGUUGUACAGUUGAUGAACGAAGGCGAAGUGGAUAUGGUAAAAGCAGAAUCUCGUUUUGCAUAUGGCAGCGUUGGUGAUCCAUUACGGAACAUUCCACCCUACCAACAGAUGGAGUAUUCUGUGGAACUUCUCAAAGUGGGUACUGCUCUCACCUUCUCGGAUAUGCCAAAAGAUGAACUUAUCGCGUAUAUAGUGAAGUUGAAAGAACGUGGAAAUUAUUACUACACUCGGAAAGAAAUCGACAAAGCUGUUUUUGUUUACAAAAGAUGUAUAGAUAUCAUCAAUAUUCCAGACGACGACGAGAUUCUUCGUGGUAUUUUCUCUGUUAUCUACUCGAAUUUAGCUGUUUGUCAUGCUAAGUUGUGCGAUUGGAAAAUGACACUGGAGACAUCGAACGAAGCGCUCAAAUUGAACGCGUCGAAUACAAAAGCGCUUUUUCGACGUGCGAAUGCAUAUGCGAAUUUGAAUCUUGUUGAUGAAGCGAUUGAAACUCUGAAACUAGCUAGUGCUAUUGACCCGGACGAUGCGUUGAUUUUGAAAGAAUUGCGUCGAUUGAAAUCGAGACAACGAUUGUGUCGUGAACAAGAACGUUCAUUAUACAAACGUAUGCUGAUCGGUUCUUCGCCCAACGACGACGAUGUUACUCGCAGCGUCGCUGGCGGUGGCAUGCGUCGCUUGACUGCCUCUGUUCGAUACGCAUUACUUGCAUUUUUUGUAAUGGUGUUUGCCUUAUUCAUUCACUUCUUCAGAAUUUAUAUGGGCUCAUGA